UCCAAUUAUUCUCAUUAUUUAUUCUUUGAUGCAUACACAAUCUAGAAUUUCCGAAUAUGUGCUUUAUUUCCACAUAUUUGGAAAUAUCCUAAAUAGCUUAUUUUAUAGAUUUCCAAUUUAAUCACCUUGUGGCGAGAAAUAUAUUCUGAAGAAUUUAAAUGUUUUUAAACACAUCAAUAUUUGUUUUAUGGCCUAGCAUAUGGUUUAUUUGUAUGAAUGUAUCAUAUGUACUUGAAAAAAUGUGUAUUUUUCAGUUAUCUUAUGACGUGUUCUAUAAAUAUCAAUUUAGUCGAUGGAAUGGUGGUAUUGUUCAGAUCAUGUUUGACUUUGCUAAUUUUUCCCUGUGUUCUAUCAGUUGCUGACAGACUGGUGUAAAAAUGUUCUGCUAUAAAUAUAGAAAUGUCUAUUUCUCCCUUUAAUUAAAUCAAAUAAUAUAAAAACAUAUUAAUGGUUUUUAUGUAUUUUGGAUGGAUUAACCCUUUUCUCCUUAAGCAACAGACUCCACGCAAUAGAGCGUCAAAACAAAAAAUAACAAAACAAAAACAAAACAAAAACCUGCCCAUGUACUCCUGAACUUAAAAUUAAAGGUUUUUGUUUGUUUGUUUUAAUUUUUUUUAAGAAUAGGUUUUAUGUAAAAUCAUGUACUAGGAAAAGGCUGGUGGCUAUGUAUCUUAUUGACAUGGUAAUACUUGAGAUAACACUUGAAGGAAAAAUGAGAGAAGUCUUAACAAAGACACAGAAUAGAAUAUUCCAGGCAGAAAGGCAGGGUUCUCUGCAUUUCUCUCCCAUAAAUGUGAUUUAGAUAAAAUCUGAUCCAUCAGCCCACGCAUUAAUCAGUGGAGCAUGGAAAAUAGUAUGUUCCCAAUGAACAUUACAAACCAAAGUCGACUUCCAGCCCCUUCAGGGCAGUAGAACAUAUUUUAAUCAAUGCCCCUUGAUAAAAGAGCUUGAUUCCAGCUACUGCAUUUCCUUCAUCAGCUCUCCCCUGAUGCCUGGAGCCAUGAAAAUAUUUUUCUUUAUUUUUGCUGCACUCAUUCUUCUUGCUCAAAUUUUCCAAGCCAGGACAGCAAUUCAUAGAGCACUAAUUUGUAAGAGAAUGGAAGGUCACUGUGAAGCUGAAUGUCUUACCUUUGAAGUAAAGAUUGGGGGCUGUAGAGCUGAAUUAACACCAUAUUGCUGCAAACGCAGAAAGAAACAUUAAAAACUAAGCACCAGCUGCAAGAAUGAAAGAGGUGAAGAUUCUCUGGCUGCGAUAUCAGUGGGACAAAUCU